AUGGAAGAGAAAUCAAAGCUUAAAAAAAAGAAGAAAUUAAAACAAUCAUAGAUAAAUUACAAAAGAAAUUUGAAUUUUAAGUAGCUCUUUUUGAAUAUGAUAAAGGAUAAUGUUUUAUUGAACUCUUAAGAUAUAUUAUAGAUUUGCCAAGAAUUUUCUGAAAUAUUUCUUAUCAAAAGAGAAAUACAUAAUAUCUAAAAUUAAUAGAUUGAAAUUUUUGAUAUAAAGUUAAAUGUUGAUCCUGAAAUUGAGGAUAAAAUUUUAACAUCAAGUUUUAUCAUACAUCAAACAUUUAGAAGAGGAUUAAGUUUAAUAAGUUAUAAAGAUUAAUAUGAACUGCUUCGUAAAGGAAUGAUGAAAUUUUUUGAUAUGUAAAUAGUGUAAUAGAUAUUAGAAAAAUAAUUGAUCAAGUAAAAGAAAAGACUUAGGAAAAAAAUGAUCUGAAUAAUCAAAUAUCAUUAUUCACUUUUCAUAGAAUUUAUAAAGAAUUAGAAAAUGGGAAAUCUAUUAAAGUAAGGAAUUAUAUCAAAUCUCUUAGAUUUAAGUUUAAGAAAAAGCAAAUGGAGAAAAUGCUUAAAUAAGUUAUUACUUACCUUUAAAUAUGUGGGUUAUUUGCUCUAAAAAUACUGCUAUAUUAUGUAAUUGUAUUGAAGACUUAAAAAUGUAUACUGACUAAAAAUAUAAUCUUGUCACUUAAAUUGCUAAAUAAUGGUUUAAGAUGAUUGAUUAAAAUCCAAAAUUAAUAGAGAUUAAAUCAGAUUUAGCAAAUUAUACUUUGGUUGGUGAAUAUUGUGGAAAUCCAAAAUUCCAACAUUUAGUAAAAUAUGAUAACAUCUGUUUAAAAUUUUUUUCGAUUGUUAAACAUAAUAGUUUAGAAACUUGUGAACUUUAGAAUUAAUCUAAAUUGAUAUUUGAAAAAUAUUAACUUCCAACUGUUUUUUGCAGGUUAGAAAUCUAAGUAAAUUCGAAAGAAAAUUUGAUAAAUGAACUAAAUAAAUUAAAAGAAAUCAUUAAAAUUAAAAGUAUUGAAGAAGAGGGAGAAGGAGCUGUAUUAUAUUUUCUGAAUGAUUCUAAUUAAUGUCUAUCUCUUGGUAAAUUGAAGACCAUAGAAUGUAAAUUGUUUUUCUGUAUUCAGGAAUAGAUAAAAUUCAUAGAUAAAUUAGAGAAUCACUGAAAGAUUGUAUACACUAAAAAGGAAAUCCAGUCAAAACAUAUUAAGCAUUACAAUAGAGUGUUUAAAAAUUUACUUCAAUUGAAUAAGAUAGAAGAAAAUAAUACUUAUAAUUUGCAGCUAAUCUAUUAUAAGAAGCAUCCAAGUAUAUUUUUUAUUAAUUUCAUAGUUUUCUAAAAGCGUAACCAGAUGCAAAUUUAAAAUAAAUUUAAUAAAGAUUGAUAAGCUUAAUUGAUAAAAGUUAUUUAGAUAUAAAAGAUAAAAUUUAAAGUAAAGGAAAGGAACAAAUUAACAUUUUUAAAAGCUUCUUAGAAUAAUUAGAUCAAAAUAUUUAAUGA